UACAAAGAUCCAUAAAUGGAGCCGGACGGACCAGGAGUGGCAACCAACCAGACUUGAAAUGCACCAGAUACAUUGAGCGAAGAGAACACAGAGAUCAGAGAGCAAGAUAUUUACCGAAUUCGGCUAUGAACAGAGGAACAGAUCAAGCAAGAAUCUGAAGAUAUUAAUGUUCAGCUAUUUGAGAACAUUUAUUUUAGAAUGCUUAAGAUAAAAUUCAAGUGGGAUGCAAAAGCUUGAAUCGGCUUGCUUCUCAAUAAUUACAGAUACUCGAGAUUAGCUAAAGAGAUUUCCAAGAUUAAGAUACCCAAAAUGGCUCGCAUUGGAUUAUUCCAAGCUGACUUUGGAAAUAAACACUUCAGAAACUUUGUUAUAAAAUCUGCUCCAACUGCUACUGAGGACUUUAGUAUAUAUAAAAUGAGGAGAGAGAAGAAACUCAGAUAUUUGAAUCUACUUUUCAGUCGUUCUAUUACUAAAUCCAAGCAAUUUCUAAUGCAUGAUUUCAGAAACAUCAACUUAAAGCAAUUGAAAAGGUUGUUUGUAUCGAUCAAGCAUAUAGAUUCUUUCGCUAUCAUCGACUCUACAUUCUCUCUACCAAGUGAUCUUGAUUUUUCAGAUAUAUUCAGAGGAACAACCCUUAAAAGACUCACCUUUAAAUCUUGAGAUAUAACCAAUCACGACAGCGCAGAUGAAAGUCUUCAUACACUCGACAGCCUCAUUUCAGGGUUGGCAAAAUCGCCUGAUCUUAAGAAGAGCCUCGAGUCGAUGAACAUCAGCAGUUCGAGACACUCUAAUGAGCUUUGUGAAGAGACUCUGGCGAAAUAUGGAUUUCCUGUUAAAUAGUACACACAUCCAACAUCCUUGUCUUCUGGCUUCUCAUUCUGUGACCAAUGAAAUCCUCGAGAUAGCAAAGGUUGGCUUAAAAACAUAGCUUUGCUGACUACAGACAUUACUUAGUCUUCAUCAAUGUGCUUUCUCUAAGUCCUUAGGACAACCUGUGCUUAGGUCGAUCCAUUCACAGAGGGGCUAAUAAAGCAGGCUUUCAAAGAUAAAGAGGGUGACAUCACUGACCAAGAAACUCAUGGUUCCACAUCCUCUGAUAUGAAUAAUGAGUUAGAAGAUUCUAAAUUUAGAAGACUAGCUCGGAUUGUAUGGUGCCUCUUUCCUCGUGUGAUGAGCGUAUCAGGAUAAAAUAGGGAAGGGCUAUUC